GCCUGGGUGGUGCCCACGGCUCCCCAGCUCCCAGCCAAACUGCCAGGGAUUGACCGCCCCCCCUGAAGCCAAGACACCCCCCAGAGCCAUGGCUGGCUUUCACCACGGGGUCCACAUCGCACUGUUGGGGGCCCUGCUCCUGGCUGGGGCUCUCAGGACAGAGGCUUCUGAGAUCGUGGUCCCGCCGGGGAGUGGCAUGACCGUUCUCAUAAAGCAGGGGACCCCAACUGCGGCUGGGAGACCCUGCUACAUCAUCGUGGCUCGUAGGCAGGUGACCAUGUUGCUCGUCAAACCUGGAGAAAAAGUCUCGAUCGUCUUCAGCUGCCCGGAUCCAGAGAGGUACUUUGUUCUGGAGAUCCAGAAAAACAUCGAUUGCAUGUCAGGCCUGUGUCCUUUGGGGGAGGUUCGACUUCAGCCCCCGACAUCAGAAUUACCCAGACUCAACAGAACUUUCAUCUGGGAUGUGAAAGCCCAUAAGAGCGUGGGCCUGGAGCUGCAGUUUCCCCUGCCCCGACUGAGACAGAUCGCGCCCGGCGAGAAGUGUCAAGAUGGGACCUCUUACUCCAUCAGCGGCCGCAUCGAUGCCACCGUGGUCCAAAUCGGAACCUUCUGUAGUAACGGCACCGUGUCCCGGAUCAAGACACAAGAGGGUGUGAAAGUGGCCUUGCACCUGCCUUGGUUCCUCUCCAGAAACACCUCUGGUUUCAACAUCACCAAUCGAUCAUCGUCUAUAAAACGCCUGUGCAUCAUCGAAUCUGUGUUUGAGGGUGAGGGCUCAGCUACCUUGAUGUCUGCCAAUUACCCGGAAGCCUUUCCUGAGGACGAGCUGAUGACCUGGCAGUUUGUCAUCCCUGCCCACCUGCGGGCCAGUGUCUCCUUCCUCAACUUCAGCGUCUCCAACUGCGAGCGGAAGGAGGAGCGUGUGGAAUACUAUAUUCCCGGAUCCACCACCAACCCGGAGGUGUUCAAGCUGGGGGAUAAACAGCCUGGGAACAUGGCAGGAAACUUCAAUCUCUCCCUCCAGGGCUGUGAUCAAGAUGCCCAAAGCCCUGGCAUCCUCAGGCUACAGUUUCAAGUUUUGGUCCAACAUCCACAGAAUGAAAGCAAUAAAACCUACGUGAUUGACCUGAGCCAAGAACGAAGCAUGUCACUCACCAUUGAGCCCCGACACCUCAAACAUGGCCGCAAGUUUGUCCCUGGCUGUUUUGUGUGUCUAGAAUCUCGGACCUGCAGUACCAAUGUCACCCUGACAGCGGGCUCCAAACACACCAUAUCUUUCCUUUGUGAUGACCUGACUCGUUUGUGGGUGAACGCAGAGAAAACUAUAAGCUGCCUGGACCCCCGAUAUUGCUACAAGAGAUCCUAUUCUCUGCGGGUACCUGGCUACAUCCUUCAACUACCAGUAGAGCUGCGUGACUUCUCGUGGAAGCUGCUGGUACCCAAGGACCAGCUCAGCCUGGUAAUAGUGCCAGCCCAGAAGCUCCAGCAACACACACAAGAGAGAGUCUGCAACACAAGCUACAGCUAUCUUGUGGGCAGUAGCACGGGCAGCCAUGACUUUGGUUACUUCUGUCUUGGAGGUUCCAUUGAGCGGAUCCUGGUGAAGGAGAACAGCUCCGUGACCCUGCGUACAUUUACCUCUAGCUUCCUGCAAGAUGUCUCCAGACAGAGCCUCACUGUGUCCUUCAUCCCAAACUUGAAAGAAGAAGGCAUUUUCACAGUGACCCCAGAUACUACAAGUAAAGUGUACCUGCGGACUCCUAACUGGGAUCGAGGCAUGCCAGCUCUCUCCUCGGUAUCCUGGAACAUCAGUGUGCCUCGUGAGCAGGAAGCCUAUCUGACCUUCUACCGGGAGCGGUCAGGUGUGGUGUGCCAGUCUGGCCGUGCAUACAUGAUCAUCCAGGAGCAGCAGAGCCAGGCCGAGGAAAUCUUCAGCUUGGAAGAUGAUAUCCUCCCCAAACCUAGAUGCUACCAUCACAGCUUUUGGGUCAAUAUCUCUAACUGUAGCCCUGCGAGCAGCAAGCAGCUCAAUCUCCUCUUCUGGGUGACUCUUACCCCAAGGACUCUAGACCUGCCAGUGAUCAUCAUCGCCGUGGUCGGAGGUGGAGUUGUGUUGCUCACUGUCCUUCUACUCAUUAUUUGCUUGUUGAAGAAAAAGAAAAAGCAGCUCAACAAAGGUCCGGUGGUGGGAAUCUACAAUGGCCACAUCAACACCCAGAUGCCCAGACAGCCGAGAAAGUUCCCGAAAGGUCGGGCAGACAAUGACUCCCACGUGUACGCCGUCAUCGAUGACUGCAUGGUGUAUGGGCAUUUGCUACAGGAAGGAUCGAAUGGGUCCUUUCUCCGACCGGAAGUGGACACCUACCGUCCUUUCCAGGGCCCAAUGGGGGACUGCCCCCCAUCUCCACCUCCCAUAGGCUCCAGGGCCCCAACUACAAAGUUGAGCAACGAUGAAGCUCUCCCUUGUGCCCCUCCAGAGUCGGAAAGUGAACCUUAUACCUUUUCACAUCCUCAUCCACAUGACGGAAGCCAAAGAGACACAGAUAUACCUUUGCUGGAGACCCAACAGCCCGAAAAACCAGCAGCAGAAUAACUUUAGCAUCCUUCUAGAGACUUUGCGGAGAUAUACAGCGCCAAGAGAUCCCCUUAACCAGAACCUCCUCCAAGAAAAGGGAUCGAAUAGGGGAAGAGGGAAGAAGGGAUCCUGAGUGCCACGAACUUCCAAUUAUCUAGUGGACUUGCUCUGGUCACGAAGCAGAAGCGAUGGAUUUUGGCUGGGGUUAGUGUCUGGUCAUGAGGGUUCAUGGCUGUGUGAAUUCUAAACCUGGCUCGUGUUGUGGAGUAGAUGUGUUGACAGGAGAGAGAUUUGCACGGUCUAGCACGGGGCAGCCCUAAGCCCUGGGUUCAGCUCAUUUGUCACCUUGAAGUGACAAUUUGUGCAUGUGUUUGUGUGUGCGCAUGCACAUGCAUCCUGGGGCUUGAACUCGGGGCCCAGAUA